GCCCCGGCUCCCGGAGAGCCACCGCCAGGGCCGAACCCCUACCUGCGCACGUGGAUCACCGCCGCUGCCUGCCCCUCGGCCCCGGACGCUCCGUCUGCAAUCAUGGCGCCCGGCCAGCUUGCCUUGUUUAGUGUCUCAGACAAAACCGGCCUUGUGGAAUUUGCCAGAAACCUAACUUCUGUUGGUUUGAAUCUGGUUGCUUCUGGAGGGACAGCAAAAGCUCUGAGGGAUGCUGGUCUGACAGUCAGAGAUGUCUCUGAGCUGACAGGGUUUCCUGAAAUGUUAGGGGGACGCGUGAAAACCUUACAUCCCGCGGUCCAUGCAGGAAUCUUGGCUCGUAAUAUCCCAGAAGAUAAUGCUGACAUGGCCAGACUUGAUUUCAAUCUUAUAAGAGUUGUUGUUUGUAAUCUGUAUCCAUUUGUGAAGACCGUGUCUUCUCCAGACAUAACUGUUGAGGCAGCUGUUGAGCAAAUUGAUAUUGUUCUAAAUGGAGCUCCUGGAUUUAUAAACUUGUGUGAUGCUUUGAAUGCCUGGCAGCUGGUAAAGGAACUCAGAGAAGCUUUAGGCAUUCCAGCUGCUGCCUCUUUCAAACAUGUCAGUCCAGCGGGCGCUGCUGUUGGAAUUCCACUCAGUGAAGAUGAGGCCAAAGUCUGCAUGGUCUAUGAUCUCUACAAGACCCUUACACCCAUAUCAACUGCAUAUGCUAGAGCAAGAGGGGCCGAUAGGAUGUCUUCAUUUGGUGAUUUUAUUGCGUUAUCUGAUGUUUGUGAUGUCCCUACUGCAAAAAUUAUCUCCAGAGAGGUAUCUGAUGGUAUUAUUGCUCCAGGAUAUGAAGAAGAAGCCUUGAAAAUCCUUUCUAAAAAGAAAAGUGGAAACUACUGUGUUCUUCAGAUGGACCAGUCUUACAAACCAGAUGAAAAUGAAGUUCGAACUCUCUUUGGUCUUCAUUUAAGCCAGAAGAGGAAUAAUGGUGUCAUUGACAGGUCUUUAUUUAGCAAUGUUGUUACCAAGAAUAAAGAUUUGCCAGAGUCUGCUGUCAGAGACCUCAUCAUCGCCACCAUUGCUGUCAAGUACACUCAGUCUAAUUCUGUGUGCUAUGCCAAGAACGGUCAGGUUAUUGGCAUCGGAGCAGGACAGCAGUCUCGGAUACACUGUACACGCCUUGCAGGGGAUAAAGCAAACUGUUGGUGGCUUAGACAUCACCCACGCGUACUUUCAAUGAAGUUUAAAACAGGAGUGAAGAGAGCAGAAAUCUCGAAUGCCAUCGAUCAAUACGUUACUGGAACCAUUGGCGAGGAUGAAGAUUUGGUAAAAUGGAAGGAACUGUUUGAGGAAGUCCCUGAACUGUUAACCGAGGCAGAGAAGAAAGAAUGGAUAGGCAAACUUAGUGAGGUUUCUGUCAGUUCUGAUGCCUUCUUUCCUUUCAGGGAUAAUGUGGACAGAGCUAAAAGGAGUGGUGUGGCGUAUAUUGCUGCUCCUUCCGGUUCUGCUGCUGACCAAGUUGUGAUUGAGGCGUGUGAUGAACUGGGGAUAAUCCUCGCUCAUACCAGUCUUCGGCUCUUUCAUCACUGAUUCAUCUCACGUUAUCAUUUUAUGGUUUGCUGAUGUUAGGUGAACAAUCUUCAGAAAAUUUCACUUAAAAAAGAAAUAAAACAUUAAAUCUUAAUACUCUCGGAUCCAUAGUUUUUGGUAGUUGUAUUUAAUGUGUCCUAAAGAAACAGACUCUUUAAACUGACAAGCAUCACACACAACUGUGCAUGUUUGUGUAUGAUGAGCUUAGCUCAUCCCAAAUCGUUGCCUAUGUGAAACAUCUUCAGAUCAGCAAGUUAACCAAGAAACUUGGAGAGCCAGAGUGGAUGGCACAAGUAUCUUGAAGCUCUCUAGUUUCCUCUCAGGAAGUUUCUUUUCAUCACAGUUCUAAGAAGCGUGGUUGUCAACUUCCUAAACCAAACCAACAGCAGAUUUAUAACCUGUGAACUAGAACUUUGUGGGGAUCGGUAAGUCUACUCUUGGCCCCUUAUAUGGAUAAGGCUAGUAUAUAUUUCUCCCUCUGUGCUGAGUGAAAUGUUUUGAAGUCAGAUAGUAUGAGUCCUUCAACUUUGUUCCUUUGAUUGUUUUGGCUGUUCUAGGUCCUUGGCAUUUUCAUAUAAAUUUUAGAAUCAGCUAGUCCAUUUCUUAAAAAAAAAGCUUGUUGGGAUUUUGAUUUAAUAUCUGUAGAUCAAUUUGUGGAGAAUUGACAUCUCCCCUUCUUUCUCUUGGCGAGUUGAGUGCCCUCUGGUUUCCAUUAGAUUUUGGUUGCUCUCUAGUGCCUUCUAGUAGAUUUUUUAAAUAUUUUUGUCCAGGGCUCAUAGUUAUAUUGAGGUUGGUUAGUCUAACAUAGUCUACUCUGACAUUACCAGAACUGGAAAUUCCUGAAAACCUAUAACCCCAUUCUGUUA